CGGUCACAUUAACAUGGGCUCUAUCCCUUCUGCUCAACAAUCGCCAUAUCCUAAAACAGGCUCAACAAGAACUAGACUCUCACAUUGGACGAGGGAGACAAGUGACCGAGUCCGACAUAAAGAACUUAGUCUAACUCCAAGCGAUCUUCAAAGAGACGAUGCGUCUCUAUCCCGCCGGGCCCCUCUCUCUGCCCCAUAAGUCCGUCGAGGAUGGCACGAUCGGUGGCUACCAUGUCCCUGUGGGCACACGGCUCCUAUUGAACAUCUCGAAGCUCCACCGGGACCCGCGGGUGUGGCUCACUCCUCUCGAGUUUCGGCCCGAGAGAUUCCUGACCAUGCACAAGGAUUUAGAUGUUCGGGGUCAGAAUUUCGAGUAUUUGCCCUUCGGAAGUGGCAGAAGGAUGUGCCCGGGAAUGUCCCUCGCUCUUCAAGUGCUGCACAUUGCGCUCGCGACUUUGCUGCAUAGUUUCGAGAUAAAGACUGCAUUGGAUGGACCAGUGAAUAUCAGGGUAGGCAUGGGAAUCAGUUGCCCUAAAGUUACUCCUCUAGAAGAGAUUCUCGCUCCACGCCUUCCUCCUCAUCUGUAUGUCUAAAGAUGGGAG